GGCUAUGCUGUUCACAUUUCAUCAGUGAAGUUGGAUUUUUACGGCGGCAAGGUGAAGGCUGGAGACGAAAUAGGAAAAGCUGUCGACAGGAAUUGUUUCGAGCAGAACUCACAACGUGAUGUAGAACCGCACAUAGAAAUGAAGCUCUAUCGAGAGGGAAAACUAAUCGAUCCCACCUAUCACCUUCAGAAUUGCAUGUGUACAGGACAGAUCUGCGAGUCGAACUCCAAGAACAGACUGCUCGGCGAACCGUUCAAAUCAGACAAGCGAUAUAAUGGCGUUCGUGGAUGGGACAUUGAAUGUCGAAUGGUUGAGGAUGAAGAUGGUGGUGACAAACGAGCACCGCUGAUCUAUUCACCCAUAGCCGGUGAACUAGUGGGAAGGACCCGAUUAGUAUUCGAUCCAAGUGGUGCCUAUUCGGGAUGCGACAAUGAUGGCAUGUUCAUAGUGGGUACCGGAGACUGGAUAGGAUUCGAAGCACGUCUGUACAACGUGAAAACACGAGAAGAUCUCGGAUUUCGGACGAAAACGAAUCGUUCAAGGAGAGCCGAUUGGAUCGCGACUCGAAUGCGAUAA